GUGCUGCUGCUUGUGGUCCAUCCACAUCAAGACAUUGCAACUUAAUUGUGCUGUGAUUUAAAAACACGCCGCUUUUCUAUUACUUUGUGACACUUUUAACUGAAGCCACCUGAAGUCUAUACCCGCGCACGGCAGCACCGCUCUCCUGAAAUAGCACCUCUCUCCCGGGUGAGAACACGGUGUCCUUUAGUGGGACAAAAUGACUGCCAAGCAUCGGAAAGGGAAAGGCAACCAGAAACAUGAGGAUAACUUUUUCAAAAACGAAGUUAUUGAGUCGGAAGUUCGCGCUGGAGGGAAUAACUAUACUCCUCUGCUGGUUUUACUCCUGGUGAUUGUGUUCGGCGGUGCCAUUGGCGCAUGGCUCUGUUUCCAGCAGCACCAAACCUUAACCUACUUAACAGACAGUGUCGCGGGCAUGCAGAUGAAGAUAGUGAAGCUGCAGUCAUCCCACGAAGACAUGCGACAGUCCAGUGGAAAGCAGCACCUGUCAGAGAAUCUGGAGAACCGCCUGAAUGCACUGGAGGAGUCAUACGCACUGGCCCAGAAACAAGUGGGCAUCGCCUUGGCCACGGCUGAGCAGCUCAAGACGUCUGACCUCCCCGCUCAAGUGCUGUCGCUUCACACCGAGAUGAAAACCCGCCUGGCGGAGAUGCAGCAAGCCACCGUGUCCCUGGAGCAGCUGGGCGAGCUGCAGGCCACGCUGAAGGGAAAGAGCGACAACUUCGAGGAAGUCGAGGUUCAGAUGGGAGAGCUGGCCACUCUGAGUGCGGCGCUGUCUCAGGAGGUGGAGGUGCUGUCGCGGAGUCUGGAAAGAGCCGAAUCGAGGCUGGAGGAGAGGGAGAGGCAGGCCGCGACGCUGAGCGUCAGCCUUGUUGAGCAGGCCGCGGAGAUGCUCAGACUGAGGGAGCAACUGGACACGCAACAGGCUCAGCUGAAGGCCGGCACUGUGGCGACAGUCAGUGAGUUGCUUGAGAAAGAACUGGAGUCCCAGCGGCUGCAGCAGGCCAGUGUGAAGAGGCAGCUCAGCUCGGUGUACGAGAGUCUGCAGGAUCAGAGCUCGGCGGCCGAGAAUCUGCACUCUGAUCUCAGGAGUCAGCUGGAGAACGUCCAGAACCAAAUAACCCAGCUGGCGCGUGAAGUGCAACCUCCUGCUGAGACGGGGGAACAGACUGCUGAGGAAACAGCUCCCACGGCUCACGAGGAGGCAGCUGCAGCAAGUGGAGAAGAAGAAGAAGAAGAAAGAAAAGAAGAAACAGUGGAUGUAGAAAAGGAGGAAGAGACGGACGAGGCGGCAGAAGAAGACGACGAGCCAGUUGAGCUGGAGGAAUCUGCUGCUCCUGCACAGGAGAUGGACGUGGCGGAGGAGGAGGAGGAGGAGUUGCCAUUAGACAUGAAGUUAGACGCCGAGGAGGACUCUGAAGGAGAGAAAGUUCAGGAGGAGUCACCUGACGACCAGAAACCGGAGGAGGAAGUGGCAGCAGAAAUGGAUGAGGAGGAAAACCCUCAAAUAGAAGAGGAGGAGGAAGCAGCAGCAGAAAGAGAGGAAACAAAUGAGGAGGAAAACCCUGAAGUAGAGGAGGAGGAGAUGGCAUCUGAAGUCGAGGAAGUACUGGAGGAGGAGAAGCUUGUUGAGGAGGAGGAGGAAGCAGAAGAGCAGGCUGUGGUAGCUGAUGAGGCAGAGGAGCCGUUGGAAAACGAUGCUUCACCAGACAAUCAAUAGGUUUUCUCUUCCCCAGGACAAAAAUCCAACCCAGGAGGACGGGAACGUUCUCUUUCUAAAGACUUUGCCGACAAUAACACAAAUACUCUGUAGACGGGUGUUGCAGGUUGUUGCUGUGUAGGUACAGUAUUCACUGUGUGGCUGCUUUUUGAAAGGCAGACGUGAUCAAGUGUGUCUCAUGGAUUUUAGGUUUGAAAAUGAGUCAGUACGGAUUUACCUGCCAGUAACGAUGUCAAAAGCCUUAAUUCAUAAAUGAAUGACUGUCUUCCUACAAAGCAUUUUUUUACACUCUUCAUAACUUCAGCACUUUUCUCUUUUCUUUUUUUGCAAUACAAUAGUUCUGUGAUAAACUGGAAAACUACAAGCCAUAAGAAAAUGCCCGUGUUUUGUGGCUGCUUGAAAUCUUUUUUUUAAAUAGAUAGAGGGAAUUAACAUUAUUGUGUCCUUCACAGUAACGUUAACAGUCAAAACGAGACAAAAAAAAGCACAAAGUUUUUGAAUGUAUACACAAACUGUAGCUCAUAGAGUUUUGUACUAAACUAUCUGUAGUUCAUUUCUCAAUAUUGAAGGUGUUCUUGAGAUCGAUUUAUUAUAUAAAAUGAUUGCACUUCCGGCCAGACAGAUCUUAAAAAUCAUUGAAGUAACUUUUUAAAUCCGUUAGUUCAGAUCAUUUAGUGUGACUGUGGGUCUUUAACCCUUUAACACCGAGCGCAUCUCGCAUAACCUCCGCGGCGGUUUGUGCUAUUGGAAAAAUUCAGACGGUUUCUGAAAGCUGAGAAGUUGCACGUCAAAGCCAACGUGUGGUUAUUACGGUCAUUUCACUCGCGCUGUUGCAGGAAGCCGGCAAAUCGGCGUUUUUGUCACCAGAGAGGAGAGAGUUGGAAAAAACCCUGUACAUAGUUUCCAUUUUUUGGUGCGUUUUUGGACAUUGAGACAAAAACUCAAAGAGUUUUAUUUUAAAUAUGUUUUAUACUGUUCCAAUUUAACACGCUAAAUCUGGUGUUCAUGUACAACUACAGAGUUUCUUCUAAAUAAAACGUUUAAACUGUUAAUAAACUAUUUUAACAUACAGUAAA